AAGCCUUGUUCCUCCUGGGGCCAGAAAUCUCUUUCAAGCUCCAGAUUGUAAAGGUUUCCUGGGUGAGCAGUGGGUCUCUCUGCUCCCGUCUCCAGGGGCUCGUGGAUGGGACCUUGCUCUGAAAGGAACCAUGGACCUCUGGCUUUGGUCACUUUGCUUCCUGCCAGUGGCUGGGGCUGUGAGGAUCCUCCCCGAAGUAAAGAUGGAGGGCAUGCUGGGUGGAUCCGUUACCAUUGAGUGCCCGCUUCCUCAAAUGCAUAUGAGGCUCUAUCUGUGCCGGGAAAUGGCCGAAUCUGGAGGAUGUGCCACCGUGGUGUCCAACAAGAACUUUGUCAAGGAAGAAUACAAGCACCGCGUCACCCUGAAGCCUUGUCCAGAUAAGAAUUUGUUCCUAGUAGAGGUGACAGAGCUAGCCAAGAGUGACAGUGGAGUCUAUGCCUGUGGGACAGGCAUGAACACAGACCGAGGCAAGACCCAACUAGUCACGCUGACUGUCUACAGUGAGUAUGAGCCAUUCUGGGAAGAGGAGCCGAUGCCCGAGCCUCCACCUUGGCUUCAUCGAUUUCUACGCAUGCCGGUGCCCCCUUGGCUCCAGAUGCCUGCGCAUGACAGUUCUUUUGAAUUCAUACAUAAAGUUACCACACCAGCUGAAAGGACGGAGGCCCCUCCAGAAAUCCACUCCUCCUCCACCACCCCAAUCUCUCACCACCUUCGAGUUUCCAGGGCAUCUUCAGUAGCAGCUGCCAAGCCCCCAACCUUCCUGCCAUCCACCACAGCCUCAAAGACCUCAGCUCCGGAGAGGCUGCUUAGACCCCAGACAGCCAGCUACAACUACCACACCAGGCUUCAUAGGCAGAGAGCCUUUCACCAGGACCCCGUGCCUGGGUUGGAAGACCAAGGAUUUCACAUCCUGGUGCCCACCACCCUGGCCCUCAUCCUGCUGGCACUGCUGGGACUGUUGAUGAAAAGGGUCAUUCAGAGGAGGAAAGCCCUCGAGAGGCGGGUCCGCCGAGCGGCCGUGAGGAUGCGCGCCCUGGAGGCGUCCCAGCGCCCCCCGCUGCAUCGGCCCCGCGCGUCCCAGCCGCCGCGCUCCCAGAACAUCUACAGCGCCUGCCCGCGGCGCGAUCCGGCGGCGGACACGGAGGGUGACGGGGAGGUACCUCUCCCAGGCCCGCGAGCGUCGGCGCCCCCUGUCGCUCCGCAGGUGUCUGAAGCUCUCUGGCUCCAUGCCCCAUCUCUGAAGACCAGCUGUGAAUAUGUGAGUCUCUACCACAAGCCUGCUGCCAAAGUGGAGGACACUGAUUCAGAUGACUAUGUCAAUAUUCCCUGCCUGACUCACCUAUCCAGCUGUCCCCCAGGACCCAGACCUUGGUGCCAAUGAGUCCUGUCUAGCUGCUGGUUUCCGAUACUUGCUCUGUUUUCAGAGUCCUCAUUACCUCUCACACCAACCUCAAGUCUCAUUCCUGUCUCUCCUGAGAAUAGCUCAGUAACCCCUUGCAGCUCUUCUUGCACACCUCUACAGCCCCCUGUGGUUUUCAAGUGGGCUCUGGGCAUGCAGAGCAUUUGUCCCAGCGCCACCUGCUUCUUCUCCAAGCCAUGGGAUUUGCAGAGUGUCUCAUCACAGGGUCCUUGCUGCCCUGGCUCUAGACUCAUGGCAUCAGGCUGGAGCAUAGACAUAGGUGUUGCUUCAGGAGACUUUCUCAGGCAUGGGCGUCACACCAAUAGAAGGCCCCUGGACCUUCUAACGAAGAUAUGAAAUGCCCCUGGCAACAUCUUUGCCCUGAUCUUGAGGCUGGCUCUCACUAGUGCGCUUCUAUUCAUCUUGAGUCCUAUGGUAAGGACAUUUUUUUUAUAUGAUGAAAGGUUGUAAAUUUUCAGAACCAUGCUUGUUAGUGUUAGUGAUUAUAUGUAUAUAUUCCUAAAUCCUCUAUACAGUCUCCCUCGCUUGAUGUACAUAAGUACAUUGACCCCAGUGUCUCCCCUCUUUUAAAAAUAGGAUAGCUUGUAUCGUCUCCUUAUCUUCCUUCCAUGGCUUAGCACUGAUAUUUGUGCACUUAAUGUUGGUCUGUUUUGACCAUCCCAAACCGUUACAUCUGUCUGCGUUCAGAAAUGCCCCCUCAUCUCUGCCAGGUAACUUCUGGCAAUGUAGGGGAGGAAAGUGGCUUCUUGGAGGGCCAGGUGUUCUGCAAUAGCACUUAUGUCAUGAAAGGAGAGAUAUCCCCCCUCCUACAUACACCUUCUCUUAAAUUUUCUGGGCAAGGGCAUAGGCAGGUGUUACAUCUUUGGACUGAAGUCAACUACAAAGUUCAGCCGUAGCUUGAGACUAAAGAACACCCAGUCUUGCUAUUCAGAAGAAGACCUUUCUGGAUGCAUAACUCAGCCUUACUGGGCACUUGCCCACACUUAGGAAGAAGAGGCUGCCAGAAUUGAUUUCCCUGCUUCUUAUUAGCAGGGAGUGUCAUUGAAGAUUGGACAGGAGUAUGAUGACACCAUUAGCAGUGUCAGCUUGACAACGGCACCCUCUCCAGCGGCAGAGAAGAAUGAGUAGUAUAAGAAAGGAGGGCCCCCAAGGAGAAGGGAUGGUAAGAAUAGGAUGGGGAGAAAUGAAAUGCGUAGUGAGCCUGCUUUGUGCCGGGCACUUAACCUUCAUCGUAUCUUCUAUCAUUUACAUUCCAAACUGAUGCCGUCGCCUCCACUCCAAUGCUGUGCUCCUGCAGAUCUCAUGGCAAUAUGGUUUCUAUGCCCUGAAGUGCAACUUCAUAUCCCAACACCCCUCAUUGUUCCUCAAUCAUUCAAAGACAGACAAAAAAUCCAGUUUAUUAAGCAUUUACUGAGCACUCAUCCACUGCCCCACACCAGAUGUCAUGCAUUGUGGAGGAUAAAAAAGAAGCAUGGGGCACUGUCCCUGCUGCCUACACAGAACUUACAGUCUGACAAAUAAAUAUGGCAUCAGUUAAAACACUGACAGGAAUUAAAUAGAGUUGUAAUAAAUACAGAAAUCUACUUUGUAGAUUAUUCACAGCAUCCAAGAGAACCUUCCAUGACUGUCUUUUGGGGCCACUUAAAGAAUGAAGUCUUUGAGGAUAAGCCUGGCCAAGAAAGAAAUCCAUCGUCAAGGGUGUGAAGUGCCCAGAGAACAUCACAGGAAGGGAUACGGCACAUUUGAAAUGACAUGGAGAACAAGAAGUGUAUCCUGGUCUCUGCAUUCAGAACUGGUAGAAUUUCUCCAUCCAGGUCAAGAGAAUGUCCACUUCUCCAAAGGCUUUGGUUUGGGCUGCUUGUAUGUCCAACUAAAGAGAGAGGAGAGUUGAAGAUCUACCAUAUUAGCCACAAGAAUAGGUUUCCUUCCCACCCAUGGCUCCUGGAGCUGGCUGUCCCCGCUCUGGGAUGGCCUCUGAUGAGCGCACCCACCCAUCACUUGUUCCUUCGCAGGGUUGGGGGAGGCAGUGAGGACCAAUGGACCAGUGAGUAGCAGUGGGUAAGGAGCAAGGGAAAAGCAUCUGGAGUUCCUGAUAACAAGAACUAUAGAGCCCCAGUGCAGGGUGGAUUUUGCCACCUCCUGAGUCUACUAUGCAGAUGAAGAAUCCGAGAUCCAGUUGGCCCCCUUCCUCUGUAUAUGAUUACUCUUCACCAUUUAUUUUUAGGAUGAUA